GGUUCUCUGUCAGUCGCGAGCGAGCAAGCAGGAGGUUGUUCGACUGCGGGAGCGGAGCAAUGCCAAAAUCAAAGGAACUUGUUUCUUCAAGCUCGUCAGGCAGUGAUUCUGACAGUGAAGUUGAUAAAAAGUUAAAGAGGAAAAAGCAAGUUGCUCCAGAAAAACCUUUAAAGAAACAAAAGACUGGAGAAACUUCGAGAGCUCUGUCAUCUUCCAAACAGAGCAGUAGCAGCAGAGAUGAUAACAUGUUUCAGAUUGGGAAAAUGAGGUACGUUAGUGUUCGGGACUUUAAAGGGAAAGUUCUAAUUGAUAUUAGAGAAUAUUGGAUGGAUCCAGAAGGUGAAAUGAAACCAGGGAGAAAAGAAUAUAAUUCCACAAACUCCUCUGGCAAUGGAUCUUCAAUUUCCAAUGUUUCACAAGUCUUAGGGUCGUCGUGGAAAUCCUCAGAAAAGAAGCUAUGA